AUGGGCUGCGCAUGUGGCCCCUCCCCCCUCUGCCUUCCAUCAGCGCUGAGAGCAGUGAUAGAUGGGGCGCUGAAGAAGACGUUAAAGUUUGUGGGCCGUGUUGGAGGAGCACGGAAUUGGAUAGUAGAGGAGGGGUGUCAGCAGUUUCCCCUAUGGCUGCAAGGAUUGCGAGGCGUGAGAGGGACUCCCAUUGGCAUUCUUCAACAGCCUCAUCCCUCGCUUGUGUUCAGAGCCGUCUGUAGAUCAGCCAGACUAAAAAAGACGCUCCCAAGCUUUCGACGCAACAGAGGCUGGAACGUGGACAUGUGCUCCAUCCAGAUUGCAGCGCUCAUAUCACAGAUGCUUCUGUGGACGUGUGGCGCUCAAUCUCAGCAGGUGUUCAGGACCCAGCCCAGGAACCACACGGUGCGGAUGGGGGCCACAGCUGUGCUCCGGUGUGAGGUGCUCCGGGCCUCGGGGACUGUGCAGUGGGUGAAGGACGGCCUCCUCCUGGGACCCGAGCGCAGCCUGCCUGGAUUUCCACGCUACUCCAUGAUCGUAAACCCCAGGAGAGGACAAUACCAUCUACAAAUAGAGAAUGCCCAGCUGGAAGAUGACGCCACCUUCAACUGUCAAGCCGGUCGCUCUGAAAGCAGCGAACCGAUCGUUUCCAACCUUGCCUGGCUUGAUGUACAAAUCCCCCCCGCGGAGCCGCACUUUGAGCCGGACUGGCCGCAGCACUGGGAGGCGGGCAGGAAGUACUCGGUCACCUGUGUCGCCCCAGAUGCCAAGCCGGAGGCAGAAAUCACACUUUACAAAGAUGGAGUGGAGCUGACAGGUGCGCAGUCUUUCACCACGGCUGGCUCAGAGGAUAAGCUGCUCAACACGCACACACAAGUAACGUUCACAGCUGUAAGUUCAGACAAUGGGAGGCAGCUGGUAUGUCAAGCCAAAAACUCUGCUCACCCCAGUCCUGUGCAGACAGCGAUGACGAUGACCGUGUACUGUACUUGGGGGGGUUGUAGGUUUGUGGGGGCUCCUAUGGUGGUGGGUCGGGGGAGUGGGGGGUGUCAGGGACGUGAUGGAGAGAUCGUGCUGAAGACUUGGGAGGAAGACCCUGUGGCCCGUACAUCUAGAAGUGCCCUGUCCCUGCGGAUCCGACCGGACGACAACCAGGCCGUGCUGAGCUGUGAGAGCGCCAACCUGGCCUCUGCUGCUCCUCUGAUCACAAGCCGAACCCUCACCGUCAUCUUUGAUCCAGCAGAAGUGAUACUGCUGGGCUCUCUUGAGGCCAUUGAAAACCAGGAGUUAAAUGUGAACUGUUUUGCCAAAUCCAGUAACCCACCAGUGCAGAUGCGCUGGUGGCUUGGCAACACGGAGCUGAACUCUACAGCUGUGGUUGUGGAAGAGGGAAAAAAUGGCGGGAUGACAACUUUGUCCAAUUUGACCUAUCGGGUCUCCAAACAAGACAAUGGUUUGAAGCUCUCUUGUGUGGCUUUCAACAAGGGGACAAAGGUCUCCAAAACUCAACAUGCUGAAAUCACUGUCUACUCCCCUCCUCAGAAAGUGUGGAUUGAUGGCCCUUCUCCAGACAUCCCUCUACAUGCUGGAACCAAAGUACGACUAGUUUGUUUCUCAACAGGAGGAAGCCCCCCGGGGAGCCUCUUCUGGUACAAGAAUGGAAGACCUGUUUCUAAUCCGCUCAAGUCAACUUUAUACGAUAAGGGCGUGAUUCGGGAGCUCUCUGUUGUCCUGUCUGCGAGCGAUAAUAUGGCAGAGUAUCGCUGCGAGGCCACGAAUGAAGCACAGAUGACCAUUUCUGCCCAAACCAGGCUUCAGGUUUUGUUUCCAUCCAUAUCAAUGAAAAUCACUGCUCAGUCCGACCAGUUUUCCCGUGGCCAGACUUUCACAUUACAGUGCCUCUCUGGAAGUAGCAAUCCCCAAUCCAAUAUCUCCUGGAUACUGGGCACUCACAGGUUCCAAGGGGUGGAUCGGCCUCAGAGAAAGGCCGAGUACGGGGGCUUUGCAGUGAGCAGUUUGCUGUCACUGAAUGCAAGUUCCCAGCUCCACAAUAAAAGGAUAAUUUGCCAGUCGCACAGUGCCGUGCUACCUGAGGGGGCCAAGACCUUCUUCCAGCUCCAUGUGCUCUACCCGCCAGAGUUCAGCCCAGAACAGCCAACACGGAUCCAGGUGGUGGAGGAUGAGAUGGCCACCAUCCCACUGCUGGUCUCGGCGAACCCCGAGGAGGUCUCCUGCGUUUGGCAGCACCACAGGGAGAGGCUGGUCAGAGAGAGGAAUGUGCGCUUCUACAGGCCAAAUGAGUUCACCCUGGAGAUCCAAAAUGUGACCAGGAAGGAUGCCGGAACCUAUAAAAUCAAAUGUACAAAUGAGGAGGGGGUGAGCCACACGACAGUCCUGUUGGAUGUCCAGUAUGCCCCCAGCGUGAAGGCGGAGAGGGAUCCUGUGUACGUGAACCUCGGGGAUACGGCUGAUUUGAUUUGUGUGGCAGAUGCUAACCCCAUUAUAUCAGAGAUGUUCUCCUGGAAAUGGCUGGGAGAAGAGGAGGUGGAGAUGGGAGAGGAAAUCCAGCAAGAUGAAUCGGGGCUGUUGACCAUUCAUGGCGUGACUAGAGCACACGCAGGCUUGUACCAGUGCUCUGCUGAUAAUGGAAUAGCGCCCCCUGGCAGUGCAGAUGUGCAGCUCAUAGUUCAAUUUGGCCCCGAGCUUCAGAAGGGCCCUCAGUGGACGAAGGUAGCGAGCAGAGGCGACGGCACGAGCACCGCUGAGCUGGUGUGUCGGGCCGAGGGGAUUCCACAGGUGGAUUUCAUCUGGGAGAAAAACCACAUGCUCAUGGACUUCAAAAACCCAAGGUAUGAGCAGAGGAUCGUAAGGGAGGGCUCCUUUCACACCAGCUCGGUUCAUGUGGUGAACGUGAGCGCACUGCUGGACUACGCCAUCUUCAGCUGCACGGCGCGCAACGCCCUAGGAGACGACCGCCUCGAUAUCCAGCUCGUCAGCACAAAUCACCCAGACGCUCCUUCCUAUCUGCGCCUCCUCAGCGCCUCCCACAACGCUGUCACUUUGGAUUGGAUUCCUGGGUUUGAUGGCGGGUUACCUCAAAAGUUUCGUGUAAGAUACCAGUGGGACGGAUCCUCCAGUUUCCGGUAUGUGGACGUGGUUCCGACAGGUGAAGCCAGUUUUACGGUGACCGGUCUGCUCCCUGCGACCACCUACAACUUCUCAGUCAAUGCCAUCAACGCCAUCGGGGAGAGUGGAUACGCGGACAAUGAUGCAGUACUCACCGUCACCACCUUGGAUUUUACAGAAAUGGGUGCUCCCGCUGAAGAGGAAGCUCACACUUCAGGCGCCUUGUCCACAUACCUCACAGUGGUCUUCACAGUGGUUUUCGGAGUUUUGCUGCUCGUAAAUUCUCUCGGCUGCUUUUUUGGACUGAAGCGAAGAAAGCAACAAGGUCACGCAGGGGGUGUGGAAGGCAGCGUGCCCAAUGGAGCAGCCAAAGAAGAGGAGGGGUCUGUUCAGUCGACUGCGAGCAAUAAAUAUGAAAGCAGUGAGAAGAUCAACAAGGCGGCCCAGCGCACGCUCCUCGUGGACUCGGGAUCAGAGACCGACAGCAACUUGUAUGAAAGCUGCGCAGUGGAAAAGCCUCAUUAUUACUACCCAACUGUUGAUUACAGACCUCCUGUCCACACACUGCCGGAGGAAGUCCACAGGCCGGACACCCACAGCCAUUUGUACGAAGAGGUGAGGGGCUUCUACCAGGACCUACCUUCUUCACCCCUCCCUCAGCCUCCUCUUCCUCCUCCUCCUCCUCUUGACCGGCGAUUGCCUCAUCAAAGACACGCACUGAAAGCGUCCGGCCUCCCUCCGCCAAAGACACUCCGCCAGGCCCCAGAAUACUCCCAGCUUCCGUUUGAACUACGUGGAGAGCUGGUGUAG